GAACACGUAGUACGUAAACAUGCCUCGAUAAAGAUUCUAACCGGUUGAAAUUUCUCCAAAAAGUAACCUAAAUUGACGUGCGAGGCAGUCGGGUGUAUAUUUGAUAUAUCUGUAUAUUAUUAUUCAUCUGUUUAUUUUGUUAAAGUGACAAGAAAAGGAGAGUUUGUUCUUUUUUUGUGGUUUAAAGGGUGCUUUUCCAGGUUGAACUUGGAUUAUUCGCAUUUAUGGAGCAAAAGCUGGCGGAGUUUAGAGCCCGACGACAGGCGGUGAAAGGCACGCAAAUGUCCGACCCUUCUGCUGCUCAGCCCAGAGAAAAGAGAGAAGGAGAUCCUGUUGUACAGGCAGACAACAGUCAGCAAGCAGAGGGGCCAGAAAACAACCAAACUGCAACUAACAGCUCUCCAGGCAGGAGUUGUAGUGACUGGAUGCUUGACAGUACUCUGGGAAGAUGGUUAUCGUCAAGACAAUUGGUCCUCUCCAACAUUAUGCUGCUCAAAGUGCUGCUCUGGCUGGUUCUUCUGGGUCUUUUUGUUGAACUGGAAUUUGGCCUGCCAUUCUUCGUUAUCUCCCUGUUCUACUGGCUUUAUGAAGGACUGCGCAGCCCAGAACCCAGGAAACCAGGAGAACUAAGUGCUUAUUCUGUCUUCAACCCAGACUGUCAGCCUCUGCUUGGCUCACUCACUGCAGAGCAGCUAGAGGGGGAAAUGGGUUACAGACCACUGGCCAACAGAUAAAAUGAUUGGCAUUUACAACAUUUAAUAGGCAAAAUCAAUUUUUUUUUUGUUUAAAAAAUGAUUUAUUGUGUUAUGUUAAUAUUAUUAUUAUUAUGUAUAUGUUGCACAUCAAAUUAAAGCUGGUAAAUGUAUUACUUUGUUCCUUUUUAUGCUGCAACAUUUUUUGCAGAAAGACUGUUUGGAGUAAGCUUGAAAUUAUAUUUUCAUAGUAAUCUCAGAUUUGAUUAGGGCUGCAACCAAUAUUCCUUCUAAGCUGGGGGCUUGCGCAAUCUUGGCGCACAAGAAAAUCCAUGCAGUGCAUAAGAUAAAAUCAAACAUAAGCUGUAAAUUAAUUAAACCAAUAAAUUUUUUUCUGUAUCAUUUUGAAUAUGUGUAUAGUUCCUUUUUCAACUUAAAACCAACAAUGAAAAUAUGAGAAACAACUGACUUCUCCCAUCCCCCAAAUUUCAUUACAUAAUAUAGAGAAAACAGUUAUUUUUGGCCAUAGGCCUGCUGAACUACAUGUCUUACAGCAUCUUGUCUUUAUGACUAGUAUCACAAAUUACCUCAGCCUCCUGCAUGCUAGAUGUGCCAGACAGCUUUACUGAAAAUCAGCUGUUUUGAUGAAACGUCUUCUAUUCAGUCCCACUUUCAAAUAUAUCAAAAUCAGUGUUGUAAUAAAAAUUAAUACAUUUAAGAGUUGUAUUUUGAUGAAUAGGUUCAGCAAAUGUCUUUAUUCAGUGCAUCAAAGAGUUUUACAGUUGCAUAAAAAAAUAUCCAACAUGAAGUAAAGUAUGUGACGGCCCAAAUUUAUUUAUCGGUCAAGGCUCCCAGAACAAUGAAACUCUCACUGGUUUGUAACAGCCCUGCUUUCCAACAUGCACACGGUUAAAGACACACCUGUUUUUUUUUUUUCUGAUAAUUUCAAGUAUAUGAUGAAGGAAAAAUGUAACAGGCAUCAAUCAGCACAUUGUCAGAUAUGGUGGCUGCAAAACUUAGAGGAGGAGCCAAAGGAGAUCUCACCGCUUUUUGAUAUUUCUGUUACAUUUCAAGCAUCCAUUGCUGAUCGUGAAAUGUUAGGUUUAAUGAAUCAUUUCAAAACAGCAUCCACAAGCAUCUUAAAGUGGCAUUGGAGAAGUAAAACGGACAGAAAUUGAAGUCAAAUUUGGUCAUAUUCUAGCAACUUUUAUUAAUUUUUUAUUUAUUUAUGGAUAUUAAUCAUGAAAGGCUCAUACUAUAAUAUAAUUUAUGAUAGAAGAAAUGCUAAAAAAAACUUUGUAGCUAAAAAAUUACAGAUUUACAGGAUUUUAUACUAUAUCACACGCUACAGCACACAUUUUAUUGCACAAACUGAAGGUUUUAAUGUGAGGAAAAUUUUCACAAUGCUAUAAGCAAGAGCAGGACUCUUGCUUAUAGCAUACUAAAAAUCUCAUGACCAACAAGUUUUGGGGGUUUUCUUUUUUCAUUUUAAGUGGGCAAAAUCACUUAAAUCUAAAGUAAACUAAUGGAAGCUGCUGCUGUAGUAUUUCAUUCUAUAAAAAAAUACAAUGUAACUCGCUGAUCCCAGGUAAUGGUGUAAGGCCUGAGGGUGCACAUCUGAUGUCAGUCAUUCAUUGGAGUCCUCUGUAUUCGGGGACCUUGUAUGGAUGAUCAGGCACAUGAGAAAUUAGAAGGAACAUUUGCUUCAAUUAAUGGUUAUUUGGUUAAUCGAUCGAUUAUUUUUUCUGAUUAAUAAUCGAAUAGAAAAGGUUCCUUAAAGAAGAUUGAAAGAAUAAAUGAAUGAAUAGGAAUUUAUUCCAGACAAUUUGACAAACAACAAUAAAUGAACCAACCAAAAGACACAAAAGACUAGUUAACAUAAAGCAAACCAAACACAUAUUUCAAAA